AUGGGAAAAGGACACAGCAAGCUCAAGUCCGAUCAAAUUCGCGACCUCGCUCAACAAACUUACUGUAAGCCUUUGAUUUGUUUCAAUCAACUCGUUCACUCAGUUCAUUUAAGAAAAACUUUUCACAAAGUAUAAAAAAUUUAGAAAAUGAUAGUAUCUAUGUAAAGCUGAGAAGUCCACAAAACUUCGCAAAAAUUUCUGUCGAGAUUUCCUAAUUUCAGAUAAUAUCCUACUAGUUUUUUUUAGGCCACGUUAUACUCGACCAUCAAAUUAAACAAAUAUUUCCCAUUUUUUUUUUCACAUAACUAAAAUAAAUGAUCAAAGUUUCUUUCUUGGUUAAUAAAAAGGUGGCAAAAAAUUUUCAUGACUUGGAAACAGCAAUUCGUCAAUUAAACAACGCAUUAUUAUAUCUAACAAAAAACCUGGAAGACAUUUAUUUUGAUCAAAAUUUGUUCACGAAUCAUUCCUUCAAUGACUUGUAAUUCAGUUACCGAAAAGGAAAUCAAGCAAUGGUACAAAGGGUUUGUGCGAGAUUGCCCGAAUGGAAUGCUCACAGAAGCCGUAAGUCUUUUGAAUUAUUCUCAUGACUUUUUUCCUCAAAGUGAAUAACUUUAAAUUCUUUUUUUAUUUUUCAGUUUGUUUUUCUUUUUAUUUCAAACUACAUCAUUUUCCGUUCAAUCGGCUAAAGUCUCGUUUCCAGGGGUUCCAAAAGAUUUAUAAACAAUUCUUCCCACAAGGCGAUCCUUCCGACUUUGCUUCCUUCGUUUUCAAAGUUUUCGACGAAAAUAAAGUGAGUUAUCCUUUCAAUUUAUGAAUUAAGCUCUACAGACUGAAAUUGAGUGACGUCUCUUCAAUAGGACAAAAUAGACUACUAAGCUCACCGUUUCCCUACGCCAAAUUUACCCUCGACCGACAUUAGUCGUGAUUUAGCGUCGCAGAAAAAAUGUAGUUUUCCGUGAGGUUGAGUACAAAAUCUUUUUUCUUAUCCUCGAUGCUUAUCUUUCCGUAUGUAACCAAAAAAGCGUCUGGGUCGGAAGAAAAUUGAGUAAUAGUGCAGAAAAAGAAAAUUUUCAGGAUGGUGCGAUCGAAUUCCACGAAUUCAUCCGAGCGCUUUCAAUAACCUCGCGAGGAAAUUUAGACGAAAAACUUCAUUGUGAGUAAUCAUUUUCUCAUCGCUUUGCGCGAGUUUUUGGGAUCGAAAUCGCAACUUUUUCAGGGGCUUUCAAACUCUACGACUUGGACAACGAUGGCUUUAUCACACGCUCUGAAAUGCUCUCUAUUGUCGACUCCAUCUAUAAAAUGGUCGGAUCUAGCGUCAAACUUCCUGAGGAAGAAAACACUCCCGAGAAAAGAGUUGACCGCAUUUUCCGCAUGAUGGAUAAGGUAAGAAACAAAAUAUUUUCAACAGCGUUAACUUUUUUAUUUUGAAUUGGUCAAAAAAAUGGGAUUUCAUUAGUUUCUCAAGUGAAGCCAUAUACAUGUUGAAUUAUAAAUUUUUUUUGAGAUCAGAAAGAAAUAUUUAAUAGCAGAUUUCAUUAGAGAACGUUUUACCCCCUGAUUGAAUUUUUGAUAAAACUUUGCUUAAGUGUACUCUAGGCCCUUCUGAUUGCAAAAAAAAAAUUUCUAGCAAUUUAUGUUUUUUUCGAGUUAGGAAGCUUCGAAGUCUGCAAAAUACGCGAUUCAUCACUAAAAAGCGCUACUUCAAGCUUUUUAAGUCUCUGAGCUCGAAAAAAUUUGAUGCUAAAAAUUUUUUUUAUAAAAACUGGAGGUCCUACAGUACAGUUCAACCGGUAGGUAAAUAACGUUUCCUAAUAAAACAAGCAUCGUCAACAUUUUAGUUAAAACUGCUUUAUUUUUGUUUUUUAUCUCAAGAAAAAACGCAAAAAACUUCGCAGGCUGGACUCCUUGACAUUUUAGGCGGAAAUAAUCGAAAACUUCCACUUUUCAGAAUAACGAUGCUCAAUUGACGCUGGACGAGUUCAAAGAAGGAGCCAAGGCAGAUCCAUCGAUCGUCCACGCCCUGUCGCUCUACGAAGGCCUCUCUUCGUAA